UAAUAAAAGACUAGACAGAAGCUUUUAUGCUUUGUUGACAAAGUUCUGCUUGGGAUUAAUUGGUUGGCAAGGAAGGAAUACUGAGAUUCUCUUUUAGUGGGGGUUUGGUUACUUGGUUUGGAUGCGUGUGGGGCUCUGGACUUAUCAUUUCAUUUGCUCUAUUUUGGUUGCAGAUUACCUGCAUUUUCGUUUUCUUUUUGGAUACUGCAGCAGACUAGCAGUUGCUUCAUCAAUAGAAAUCUUUGUUUUUUGCAUGGGAACUGGUUCCUGCAGUUGGGUUCUUUCAGUGAUACUGUGUUGUUGGGUCCUCUUCCUUUCUGGAGUGUACUCUGGGGACAAUUUAAAUGGGGCCCGUAAGGUUAGAGGUGUGAACCUGGGAGGAUGGUUGGUUGUGGAAGGAUGGAUUAAACCUUCUCUGUUUGAUGGUAUCCCCAAUGGAGAUAUGCUUGAUGGAACACAGGUGCAAUUCAAGUCAGUGCCUCUGAAGAAGUAUGUUUCUGCAGAAAAUGGAGGAGGUCAAACUAUAACUGUGGACAGAGACAUACCUUCGUCUUGGGAGACCUUCAGGUUUCUGUGGAAGCAGUUGUGGCGGGUGUCUCAGACAGAAUUUCAGUUCCGUUCCUUUGGAGGCCAGUUCCUGACUUGUGAUGCUGAAGGGGAUUCUGUCUCAGCAACAGCAGAAUCACCGUCCACAAAAGAAACAUUUUAUGUUGAAAGAAAUAGUGAUAAUAGGGUUCACAUUAAGCUUGAAAGUGGCACCUAUCUUCAGGCUACAUUAGCAAACCAGCUCAUAGCGGACUAUCCAGGGACACCAGGCUGGGAUGACAACAUGGCCACUUUUGAUAUGAUAAUUGUGGCAAAUAACUUGCAUGGAGAUUACCAGCUUGCUAAUGGGUAUGGGCAUGAUAAAGCAAAGAAAGUUCUUACGGAACAUAGAAAGAACUUUAUCAAACAGGAAGACUUUAUUUUCCUGUACAGGAAUGGGAUAAAUACAGUGAGGAUACCAGUUGGUUGGUGGAUUGCCCAGGAUCCUAAUCCACCGCCACCUUUCAUUGGGGGUUCUCUGGCAGCCCUUGAUAAUGCAUUUUCAUGGGCACUGAUGUAUGACAUAAGGUGCAUUAUUGACCUUCACGCGGCUCCAGGAUCUCAGAAUGGAAUGGAACAUAGUUCCAGUAGAGAUGGUUCAACAGACUGGCCCAUGUCUCCAGAAUACAUCUCACAAAGCCUUGAUGUUGUUGAUUUUCUGGCUUCCAGGUAUGCAAAUCAUCCUGCCCUGUUGGGGAUUGAACUUUUGAAUGAGCCCUCUGCCUCUGGAGUUCCACUGGAUGCCUUAGUUUCAUACUACUCAAAGGGGUACCAAAUUGUACAAAACUACUCAUCCACCACUUAUGUGAUUAUUUGCCAGAGAAUUGGCAAUGCGGACCCUUUGGAGCUUUAUCAAGCCAACAUUGGAUUCUCGAACAUUGUGGUGGAUUUGCAUUACUACAACCUCUUUGACACUUUCUUCAUUAAUAUGAGUGCUGAAGAUAACAUUGACUUCAUAUUCAAGAGUCGGCAAACACAACUUCAGGCCUUGAACAAGGCAAAUGGGCCACUUGUCUUUAUUGGGGAAUGGGUGAACGAGUGGAAUGUGACAAGUGGGUCUCAAAUGGAUUAUCAAGACUUUGGGAGGGCCCAACUACAGGUUUAUGAUACAGCCUCAUUUGGAUGGGCAUAUUGGACACUCAAGAACGAUAGAAAACACUGGGAUUUUGAAUGGAACAUCAACAACAACUAUCUCCAAUUAGGCAUAUGGAUGGUGACGAUGGUCAGUCUGAAGAGGAAAAUAAUCCUCUGUUUUUCUUAUCCCUGUUUUUCCUUGUUUUGCUACCUGCAAAACGCGACACGUGGACAACUUUAAGACCAACGCACCGGAUGUAAUAAUCUUCACCCAAUCUUGACCGUUGGUCUCCUUGUUGUCCACGUGUCGCGUUCUGCAGGUAGCAAAACAAGGAAAAACAAGGAUGAGAAAAAUAGAGGAUUUUGAUCCGUCUGAAGAUAAGCAAAGUUAGCACAGCUGGAAGCCUAUGGAAGUAUUGAUUAUCUACAGUGAGCAGUGACAGUAGGCGAUUUUCAGUUGAAGGCUACAGUGAGCAGCUCUCUUGUGAGUUGACGUGACUGAUAAGACUGGACAAUUGGCAGAGGCAGUGGCAGGUGGCUUUUGCAGUUGAACACUUGGUUGGGCAUGGCAAGCAAUCUUCACAGUUGAUUUGAGUUGUGAUGUGUAAAGGCAGUCAACUUAUGGCAAGAUGAAAGUCUUGUGGUGGCCAGAGUAGAGCAAAGUGGACAGUGGGCUACCAGGCAUGACAAGUGGGCAGUUGAGCUAACAGGCUUAAUGUUUGACAGUUAGCAGUGGCAGUGGCAGUUGAUAUAUGCAGUUGGCAAGCUGGGCUUGCACAUUGAGCUAUCAUGGGCAGGAAGGUCUUAAGACGGCCAGACUGGAGCAGAGCAACAUCAUAAAAGGCCAAUGGUGCAGUUAUGAAGACCAUUGUGCUCACUUGGAGUUGGGUUGGAUUAUUGAAAGUUGACAUUGUCUGUGAGAAAUUGAGCUUGCAUUGUGGGCUGAUAUGGUAUGAUGAGGUGGCUAGUGUAGUGCCUGUGUGUUGGAAGAAGUUGUGAGAGCCUAUGGGAUGCAUGGUGACGAUAUGGAGCUGCUGUGAGCAUGAUUGCUAUGGUAGUUGGCUCAAGGCAAAAGUGGCAUUUUGCAUGGUGCAGACCUUCAUGAGAGUUUUGAGCUGUCUUCAAAGCAGAAUCAGUUGAUGAUCAAAACUCAAAAGACUUUUUCCUCUAUGAGUUAGCUUUCCAAUGCCUCAAGAAGUGAGUCGAUCCGAGUUUGGAUGAGGGAUAUAUGAUCUUGAAUGUAGUUGUCUCACAUGAUUUCUGGAAAGUUGUUUCUACACUAUGCAGCAAUUUCAUGGAAGUGUUGAGUGUUUCUCCACUUGGAUACUUUAGAAGCCAUAGACAUGAGAAUUGCUCAUUUUUGAGUUAGCUUUCCAAUGCUGUAAGGAUCGUGACAAUCUGAGCUCUAACAAAUGAGUUAUGGCCUAGAAAGUGGAGAUGACACAGUGGUACAGAACACUAUGUUUGCACAUCCGACAACUUCAGAGCUCACUUUGGAACCUUCUGUUAAUUAUGGGUUGAAGCUUAGAUUUAAUAGACUCUGGCCCUAUGAGUAGGCUUUACAAUGUCUCAAGAAUCAGAUCAAUCCGAGUUCAGGAAAGGUAGUUAUGAUCUCAAACAUAGAUGCAUGCAUAGUGUCCAGAACACCUGUUUUGCACAUACAGUGAUGUCCGGCCCAUUUAUGUCUUGCACUCUUCCUGUGUCGAAGCUCAAAACAUAAGAUUUGAAGAUCUUAUAGUCUUCUUUCCAGCGCUGCAAGAAUUGGAUCAAUCCAACAUUGGAAGAAAGAGAUGUGGUAGUUUUUCUAUAGGGCACAGAAGGUGGUCGAGCCAUGUGUGAUCUGAUCAGGAGAGGAAAUGAAGCUCGUCUUUGGCCUCUUAAACACAGGAUUUCUCAGCAAAAUAGAUACAGAACACCCUUCGGAGAACAAAAUAGGGAGAGGUGAAGUUGAGAGAGAAGAAGAGACGGCUCUCAAGUGAAAAGCCCAUGCCACUAACCUACAGUGGGAAUUCAAGCUUCUACUGAAGGCUCCAAAGAAAUGGUUGAAGAAUGCAGUGAAGACCAAGCUAGGAAUAGCUAUUAGUCGUGCAUUGUCCAUAUGUUUAUAUGGAUAGACAUGAAAAAUAAAUAUACAUAAUUAACAUCAUGAUAUUCAGUGAAGCUGAGACUGAUUGAAGAGAAAGUUACUGUACAAACUUUCAUAUGAGCAUGCCCACCAGAUUCCAUAGCAGAGUCUAACCACCCUAACCUGUAGGAAAUUAAUCACUUGCAUCCCAUUCCAAGGAUUACAAGUCUAAAUGUCAGAGAAUGAAAGCCAGCAUGAAAUCCAGUUGAAGACAAAUAUGUGACUGUCAAAAUUCAUUUUCAUUGCAAGUGUUUUAAUACAACCUUGGCUCACCAUGUCUGUUAGGUGAUUAUAAUUGACUAUUUCUUAUGUGCCAUUAAUGAGAUUUCGUAGUCUUAUUUCAUCACAGUA